AUGGUCAAUCGAAACCAAAACGCUGACGAAAUCAUUCAUCGGGUUCGACAGGACGAAGCUACAGAGGAUAACGAUUUGACAGGCAUGGUCGAAAGGAUUAUGGCGCGAAAUGGGGUAAACAUAGGCCUGCACAGGCUAAACUAUACAUCUCCUUUGUCUGGAUAUGUGUUGCAAACUGAACUUCCCAGGAGAUGGAAGGUCCCAAAAUUCAUAAAAUACUAUGGUGAUACCAGUGAAUAUAUUGUCGAACAUAUAACCAGGUAUUUGACUGAGGCUGCGGACAUUGCUAACAACGAGAACUUAAGGAUAAGAUAUUUCCCUAGUUCUCUCACGAAAAAGGAUUUCACUUGGUUCACCACACUCCUAGUGAACUCCAUCCAUGAUUGGACUCGUUUAGAAAGAUUGUUCUAUGAACAGUUUUAUAUGGGACAAUCUAAGAUCAAUUUGAAGGAAUUAGGUAGUAUUGAGCAUAAGUUUAGUGAGCCAAUAGAUGAUUAUCUAAAUAGGUUCCAGUUAUUGAAGGAAAGGUGUUUCACACAAGUUCCCAAACAUGAACUAGUCUAA